CAUAUGAUGGAUAAGGUAAUUUCUCAUUUAUUAGAAUCUAUAAUUAGAGUUCACUAAUUAUCGUUUGGCUAAUUAUUAAUUUGAGAUUGAAUUCUCACCUAUCAAGAGAACUAAACAUUGGAACUCAAGUGUUUAAACAUGGUUACAAACAUGCUUUUAUGAUAGAUAUAAAUACUUCUUACAUUUGUUCUUAGUGCCUACUGGUAUAAUUUAAAAUUAUGAAAGCAUGGUUUCUUGAUUGCUUACUAUGUAUUUUUCAUAAAGUGGGCUAUAUUUAAUGAAAUUACUAAAUAAGUUGAAAGGGCAAAAGAUAAAUUUAAAUUGUAAGAAAAGUAGCAAUUAUGUUUAAGUAUCCCGUUUACAAUUUAAAGAUUCAUCUGUGGUGUAUAUGGUUAAUUGGCAGUGAAUUCAACAGCCACUCCAAUAGGAUUAUUGAAAUGGGAAAAAGUAUACAAAGCUAUGAAUGAUUUUGGGUGGGUAGCUUUAAUAGUCAUGGUUGUUUGGGUGUUUUUUAAGAUUACGAAAUUCGGAUAAGGUAAAAAGAAAGAGUGA